GACGGUCCGGCUGAGGCGGGAUGGCGGCGGUGGCCGCGUCGCCGGUGACGGCGCUGUCCGUGGCGCUGCGGGAGGCGGCGGGCGGCGCGUUCGCCGCGGGCGAGGCGGUGUGCGGGCGGGUGGAGCUGGAGCUGGCGGCGCCGCUGCCCGUCCGCGCCCUCCGCCUCGACGCCGCCGGCCGCGCGCGGGCCGCCUGGAGCGAAGGAGCCGCCGCCGCCGCCGCUUCCUCCCCUGCCGACGCCGCGGGGGGCCUGGAGGCCGAGGUGCCCUACCUGGACGUCCGGCAGGAGCUGCUCAGGCAGGCGGGUGAUGAGGGUUUAAUCCUGUUAGAAGCUGGAAAACAUGAAUUCCCUUUCAGCUUUCAACUCCCCCAGCAACCGCUGGCGACCUCUUUCACAGGAAAGUACGGCAGCAUUCACUACUGCGUGAGAGCCACCCUGGAGAGGCCAGUGGCCCCCGAUCAGACUGUGAAGAGAGAGUUCCAGGUUAUCAACCACAUCGAUGUCAAUUCACCAUCCUUGCUGACGCCUGUAAUACAAAGCCAGGAGAAGAUGGUUGGCUGCUGGUUUUUCACUUCUGGGCCAGUCUCUCUGAGUGCCAAAAUCGAGAGGAAAGGGUACUGUAAUGGUGAAGCAAUACCAAUUUAUGCCGAAAUCGAGAAUUGUUCCUCUCGUUUAAUUGUUCCAAAAGCUGCCAUUUUCCAAACGCAGACCUACCUAGCAAGUGGCAAAACAAAGACUUUCCGUCAGAUGGUUGCCAAUGUGCGGGGGAACCACGUUGCCUCUGGGAGCACAGAUACCUGGAACGGAAAAACUUUGAAGAUUCCGCCUGUCACCCCUUCUAUUCUCGACUGCUGUAUUAUCAGAGUGGAAUAUUCGCUAGCUGUGUACGUUCAUAUUCCUGGUGCUAAGAAGCUGAUGCUCGAGCUGCCUCUGGUGAUCGGCACAAUUCCGUGCACAGCAUUUUCCAGCAGAAACUCCAGCCUCACCACCCAGUUCGGUAUAGACAUGAGCUGGCUGGCACUGACUAUGCCAGAACAUCCCGAAGCACCACCCAAUUAUGCUGAUGUUGUAUCAGAGGAAGAGUUCUCAAGGCAUAUUCCUGCUUACCCUCAACCAAUUGACUGUGAAGAACAGCUGUGUUGUCCAAUGUUUGCCUACAUACAGGAGUUCCGGUUUCAGCCCCCUCCUCUAUAUUCAGAGGUCGACCCAAAUCCUGUUGAAGUAGAAGACCGUCAACCAGUUUCGUUCAUGGCCUAAUGAGAACUUGGGGAAAGUGGCUUCUUAAUCCAGGGGAAUGUCUUAAUUUUUUUUUCCCUACUGCCUCUGCUUAUAACACAGCUUUUUAAAAAUUAUAAACAAGAAAUGUUUUCGUUCUUAGAAACAGGCAGGUAUCAAGGACACUGAACUCAAGUCAGAAUACGUUGUGCCUCUUUGCUGGGAGAGAAGAUUGAGGGUGUCGGUUCGUUGGCAGAAGCAGCAACUGUGGCCAGGUUGCUGGAUAAAGCGGACUCUUGUCAUUACCUGUGGCAAGCUGAAUAUGUCGAAGAAAAAAAGGAGGUCUCUAAAUUGGUGCAGACAGCACAUCAAAGGAAUGUAAGCAGUUAUCUCUGGAUUUCUGACUUAAUUCAGCAUCAAAAAUAAGCUUUGUUUAAAAAAAAAACGCACAUGCAAACCUUGCCCAUCUGACAUCUGUCAAGUGGUACUAUUUAAAUUCAUACUGAUUUUGAGGGAUGAUAGAUAAUUCUGUAUACCAUUAUGAAGGCACAAGUUUUUUACAUAUGAAUGGCCAUACGUUCGCUUCUGCGAUAAAGCUGGAUUUUUGUAGCCGCUUUGCACUUUGUUCAGAAAGGGAAUUUGUUAACUUUUCUACUACAAUGCAGGUCCCCCCGCCCCCGCAUCUUUUGCUACAGGGCGUGAGCGAUCCAUCAGGGCAGCCAAACUGAGCCAUUGCCAGUUGAGCGCUUAGUUCAAUACCUACUUUUAUUGCAGAUAAAACUAGCACUUUGCCAGAGUGCUUAUGCUCAGCACUUGGGAAGAAUGAGUAUAUAGGCCCCCUUGUUGUCAGCAAUAGAUUUGUGGUUUAAAAGCCUUUUUAAAAGCCUACCUCUCUUUAGAAAUGGGAUCAGAAACCAAAAAGUGUGAUUUUGCAGGCUUGGACUUGCCUCUGUUUGGUUCCUCAGAUUAAUCAAUAAAAGGUAAUGAGAAGAGUUGUAAAUACACCCAGCUUGGCUUUAGGUUUGCAUUUGAAGAUCUGGGGGUUGGGUGGAGAGAAUGUACUGAAAGAUUCAUUUGUCAGGGAUGGUUUUCUUAUGUUCUGAGGAGCAGUCUGAUUUUUAAGGGUAUUGCUCUUUGCUGUCUCUUUAUUGUUUUCAGAAUUGAGCAAAGUCUUGUUUUAGUGCAAUAUACUUUCUCUUCCUCUGUCAGCAUGGUGAGAUUUUGCUGCUGAGGGCUUGGGGCUGCUUCAUUCAUCACAGGAAACCCUAAAACACAACUGCUUUUCAAAGACAUUCAAGAAAUCUUAGUUGAUUAAUGGUGCAGUCCUACACAGAGUUACUCCAAUCUAAGCCCAAGAGUGGACUGAUUUCUGCAUAGGAUUGCACUGUAAUCACAUAAGCUUUAAAUUAAGCCAGUUAAGUUGGGGCACAAAUUUGAGUCAGCUAGCUAGUAAUUAAUAGAUCAGUUGAACUCCGUAAGCUCACCCCGGUAUGGGAGGCAGUGUUUACUUUCCAUUCUGUCUUUCCUCUGGAGUAGAUUUGUUUCCGGUCAAUCUGGCCAUUCUGCUAGUGAUGAGACUUAAUUUACUGGGGGAGAGAAGUAAGAAACUGUGCACCCUCUGAUGGAAUGCCAUAUUUAUGGAGAGUGAUGGAGUCAUUUGUGUGGCUAUCAGUUACUGGUGGAGGGAGUACCUCCUUAGCUCACAGAGCUUCACUCUGCCAUUCAGCAGUGAAAUUCUUGUGCAUGUGUUGUGCUGAUAGCAGCCAAAAUCCUAAAUAUCCAUGAUAGUUUUUGUAUAGUUUUUUCUAUUAAUGUGUACAUAAUAUUGUUCAAAGCUUGGGUGUUUUGUGUUUGUCUAUGGCAUUCGCUGUCAAACCACCCCCGUGUAGUGGCAUCCCUGCUGCCCCCUUGCUGUUUUGCAUACGACAUCAUGAUCCCGGCAAGAUCAUUGACCAGGUUGUCAUAUAGCAGAAUCCACUCUGAUGGAGUGGCCUCUAAUGCACCCAUAAACUGGUCUAAGGUGUUAGGGAUGAGUAGAUUAGCAGUCAUUUCUGCUGCCCUCUGUGACCACUUGACCCUGGGGAGCUUAGAUAACGCACUACCACCAAUUUCACUCCCGCGAAUGCUCCCAGGAGCAAUAUCAGAACUGUCUAACACCAGGGUCAACAGAAAGUGGUCACUUUCAGUACGAUCUGAUAUUGCAAAGGCUUUCAUCGUAUCCGGGGCUUUUUUUCAGGGGGAACGCGGGGGAACAGAGUUCCGGAACUUCUUAAAAAUGGUCACAUGGCUGGU